AUGGAAUCCUUGCUACCAGGUUUUCCAUUCGACUUCAGUUAUGACUGGCGUGCAGUAACCGCUAAGGCUUUUGUCUUGUUCUUUCUGUACCUUACAGUCAACGUGAUAUAUCAGCUCUACUUCAGCCCAUUAUCUAAACUCCCAGGCCCAAAGCUAGCCGCUGUGACGCUGUGGUACGAGAUCUACUACGAUGUGUUCAAAUGGGGCAGAUACUAUGUCAAGAUCAAGGAAAUGCACGAGAAGUAUGGCCCGAUAGUCCGUAUUAACCCUUUCGAGCUGCACGUCUCAGACCCCUCUUUCAUCGACACGCUUUACACCCGCUCCGCCCCACGCGACAAACAUGCCUACAUGACCGGACAAUUCGGCAAUCCUCUAGUAACCUUCAGUACCGAUGAUCAUUUCCACCACCGCAUCCGUCGUGCAGCACUCAACCCCUUUUUCUCCAAGCAGCGCGUGCUCGGUCUGCAGGAUCUAAUAUGGACGCACGUCGAGAAACUAUGUGGUCGACUCGAAGAGUUCAAAGCCUCUGAACGACUGCUACCCAGUGGAAACGCUUUCGGAUGUCUGACAGCCGACGUGAUCAUCGAGUACUCCAUGGGCCACCAGCAAAACGCCCUCGACGACCCCGACUUUGCACCGCUGUUCACCCAAGCAGCCAAGAAAUUCGCUUCCAUGGGCGUCUUCACCAAACAUCUCCCCUGGAUACACACCGUCAUGCGUGCGCUCCCUCAACACUGGAUUGCGAAGGCGAGUCCGGAGUAUGGGGCUAUGCUUGCGUUUCGGUACUUGAACAAUGCGCGCGUGCGGGAGGUGUUUGAUCGGAAAUGCAAAGCUGGCAAUGGCGAUGCGGAUGCGAAGAUAUCAAGACGACGUACUAUCUUUGAUGAUUUGUUUGACAGCGAGCUCCCGUCCGAAGAGAAAUCGCUCGAGAGGCUGAGUCAAGAGAGCCAACUCAUCGUCGGCGCAGCCUUAGACACCACCGCCCAUGCGCUCAACACGACAUUGUUCCACCUCCUCGCCACCCCAUCCAAACUUGCAAAACUGAAAGCAGAGCUGGGGAAAACGACGCCAGACCGCCGUACCCACACCCCCCUCCCCUUGCUAGAGAACCUGCCCUACCUCUCCGCCGUCAUCAACGAAGGACUGAGACUCAGUUACGGUGUAUCAAGCCGCAACGCGCGCCUCGCGCACUCGCCCUUACUCUACGAAUCCUACGUCAUACCCGCGUUCACACCAGUCAGCAUGUCCGCACCCUUCACUCACCACGACGAAAGCGUCUUCCCGGACAGCUACACCUUCAUUCCUGAACGCUGGCUUGACAGUAAUGGGGAAUUUGGCGGGAAGACGCCUGACGGACGACCUUUGGAUAGGUUCCUCAUGUCAUUCGGCAAAGGCGCGAGACAAUGCGCGGGAAUGAAUCUAGCCAAAGCGGAGAUGUACAUCACGCUUACGGCGCUGGUGAGACGGUUUGAUUUUGAGCUGUGGGAGAGUAGCAGGAGGGAUGUGGACUUGGUGCAUGAUUUGUUCCUGCCGGGGGUGGAUAGGGAGAGUAAGGGUGUCAGGGUGUUGGUGAAGUGA